AUGCAGAUCUUCGUGAAGACAUUGACGGGGAAGACUAUCACCCUCGAGGUGGAGUCUUCCGACACCAUCGACAAUGUGAAGUCCAAGAUCCAAGACAAGGAAGGCAUUCCUCCGGACCAGCAGCGCCUGAUCUUCGCUGGCAAGCAACUUGAAGACGGCCGCACCCUCUCCGACUACAACAUCCAGAAGGAAUCCACGCUCCACCUGGUCUUGCGCCUUCGUGGUGGUGCCAAGAAGCGCAAGAAGAAGGUCUACACCACCCCCAAGAAGAUCAAGCACAAGCGCAAGAAGACCAAGUUGGCCGUGCUCAAGUACUACAAGGUUGACGGCGAUGGAAAGAUCGAGCGGUUGAGGCGCGAGUGUCCUACCAAGGAGUGCGGCGCUGGUGUGUUCAUGGCUGCCAUGCAUAACCGCCAGUACUGCGGACGCUGCCAUUUGACCUAUGUCUUUGACGAAUCCAAAUAG